UCCGUGUGUGAGAGAGAGGAAGGGGCAGGGCGGGGAUAAGGAAAGGGAAAAAAAAUCCUAAAACUAAAGUUCAGAAUAAUAUGGCUGCUGGUGUCGGGGUAAGUGAAUUCUUGCAUCUGCCCUCCAGCUCUGCCCCAAUAUGGUGAACCCCAGCAGAGUGAAGCCCCAGCCUGAGCUGGAGGGGGAGGAAAGGAAGAGGAGGAAAAAGAGGGACCCGGAGAGGAGAUCAGUUCCCGCACAAGCUUCCCCUUCAAUGCUAGAAAUGGACACACUGCCUAAGCAAGAAUUGCCACCCGCUGCAAGGUUGCCACCAGGGGGCGCCACCCCGUCACCUCUGUCCUCUUGCUCAAGACAGGCAUGGAGCAGGGAUAACCCCGGUUUUGAUGCGGAGGAGGAUGGCAUGGAGGAGGAGGAGGAUGGAGAAGAGGGCAUGGUUGUGGAAAUGGAUGUGGAGUGGCACCCCUCUGCGGGACCGGGCAGGCGCUCCUCUUCCCUAGUGUCCUCCAGCAGCGGUGGCAGUACAGGGCUGGCAGGAUAUCACCAUCACCCCAAUAGCCUGGGCAGCCAGGGGCAGCGAGGGCGGAGAAGGAGGGGGGAGCCUGGCACUGUAGCUGCCAGACCUGGCCAGGGCUCUGAGCCGCAGCAACCACCGGAGGGGUUUGGCCGGAUACUUUACAUAUUAAGAGGACUUUGGGGUACGAGAUAUACAGAAGACAGAAUAACUACAAGAGAAAAAUAUUUGAAAAGUGUAUUGCGAGAAUUAGUCACCUAUAUUGCUUUCCUUGUCAUUUUAUGUAUUUUAACCUAUGGAAUGGUGACUUCUAGUAUGUUUUACUACACUAAAGUCAUGUCUCAGCUGUUCCUUGACACUCCUGUCUCAAAGACUGAAGGGACCAAUUUCAAAACGUUGACAACAAUGGAUGAUUUUUGGAAGUUUGCUGAGGGCCCUCUGAUUGACGGCUUGUACUGGGAGAUGUGGUACAAUAACAGGAGCAAGGCAGAAAAUCAAAGCUUUAUCUACUAUGAGAAUUUAUUGCUGGGGGUGCCACGACUUCGGCAACUAAAAGUAAAGAAUGGAUCCUGUUCUGUUCCAGAGGAUUUACGAGAUGAAAUUAAAGAGUGUUAUGAUGUCUAUUCGGUUAGGAACGAAGAUACUUCUCCUUUUGGAUUGCGCAAUGGAACAGCGUGGAUGUACACAAAGGAGAAAGACCUUAACAGCAGCAGUCAUUGGGGCCUCAUAUCUACAUAUAGCGGAGCAGGGUAUUAUUUGGACUUAUCAAGGAACAGAGAAGAGGCAGCAGCUCUAAUACUCACUCUCAAGAAUAAUCUGUGGCUGGACAGGGGCACCAGAGCUGUUUUCAUUGAUUUUUCAGUUUACAAUGCAAAUAUAAACCUGUUCUGUAUUGCAAGGCUGCUGGUGGAGUUUCCAGCAACAGGCGGCCUGGUUACCUCAUGGCAGUUUCAGACAGUAAAGUUAAUCCGCUACAUCUCCACAUUUGACUUUUUCUUGGCUGCUUGUGAAAUCUCCUUCUGCAUUUUUAUUCUGUAUUACAUUGUAGAGGAGAUCCUUGAGAUUCAAGUUCAUCGCUUACAUUACUUCCGUAGUCUCUGGAAUUGCCUGGACAUCAUCAUUAUUGCGCUAUCAGUGGUAGUUGUAGCCAUUAAUUUGUACAGAAUGACGUCCGUGGAAGGGCCCCUGAACAAGUUGCUGGAGGAUAUGAAUAUGUUCCCCAAUUUCGAGUCUUUGGCAUAUUGGCAGAUUCAGUUCAAUAAUGUUGCUGCAGUAACUGUGUUCUUUGCGUGGGUUAAGCUCUUCAAAUUUGUGAACUUCAACAGAACUAUGACUCAGCUGUCUACAACAAUGUCCCGCUGCGCCAAGGACAUUCUUGGUUUUGCCAUUAUGUUUUUCAUAAUUUUUCUGGCUUAUGCUCAGUUUGCAUAUCUUGUGUUUGGCACACAGGUUGAUGACUUUAGUACCUUCCAGGAUAGCAUCUUUACCCAGUUUCGUAUCAUUUUGGGAGAUUUCAAUUUCAAUGAGAUUGAGGAAGCUAAUCGAAUUUUGGGGCCUGUUUACUUUACGUCAUUUGUGUUUUUUAUGUUCUUCAUUCUUCUGAACAUGUUUCUGGCCAUUAUUAAUGAUACCUAUUCUGAAGUCAAAACUGACAUGGCUCAGCAAAAAAGUGAAAUGGAACUGACUGAUCUCAUUAAAAAAGGUUGUAAUAAAGCUAUGGUAAAACUGAAACUGAAGAAAACUGCAGUAGAUGAUAUUUCUGAGACCAUUCGACAAGGUGGGGGAAAGCUGAACUUUGAUGAAUUACGUCAAGAUCUGAAGGGAAAAGGUCAUACGGAUGCUGAAAUUGAGGCCAUUUUUGCUAAAUAUGAUCAAGAUGGAGACCAAGAACUCACCGAGCAUGAACACCAGCAGAUGCGAGAUGACUUGGAAAAAGAGAGGGAGGAUCUGGAGAUGGAUCGAAGUUCUCUGCCUCGUCCGAUGAGUGGCCGCAGCUUCCCGCGUAGUUUAGAUGACUCUGAAGAGGAUGAUGAUGAAGACAGUGGGCACAGCUCCCGCAGGAGAGGAAGUAGCUCGAGUGGGGUCUCGUAUGAGGAAUUCCAGGUUCUGGUGAGGCGAGUGGAUCGCAUGGAGCAUUCUAUUGGAAGUAUAGUGUCCAAAAUAGAUGCAGUGAUUGUCAAACUGGAAGCAAUGGAAAGAGCCAAAAUCAAGAGGCGAGAGGUCUUGGGAAGGCUCCUGGAUGGUGUGACUGAGGAUGAAAGGCUGGGGCGUGACAAUGAGAUUCAUAGAGAACAAAUGGAGCGGCUGGUGAGAGAAGAGUUGGAGCGCUGGGAAUCGGAUGAUACCGCUUCCCAAAUGAGUCACCGCGUGGGCACUCCAGUAGCGACAACAGGUCAACAGCGCUCAAGGACCUCACGUCCUCCUUCAUCACAGUCAACAGAAGGUGUUGAAGGUGUAAUCACAGGCAGUGUUGGGAACAGCCAGGUGUGAUGUUCACUAAGGGGAGUGGCCUACCACCCACGUAAAUUGCAUUGAACAAGAGUCUUGUAUCUGCAGCCACCAAAAACCAGCUGGUUAGGUGUAAGGGUCACCGUCAUAAAAGGAAGAGGCAGAAUAUAUUUAGAGGAUGAAUGGGAUGUUCAUUUACCUUGUUCAUUAUUUUCAGUAUUUUUUUUUAGAUAUUAUCUUAAAGGGACAUGUUAAUACAUUAAUUAAAUGCUCUUAUUGAUUAGUGUAUUGUAUUAUUACACCAUUGUUUCUUGGUAACUAUGUUUUUUAAUCACCUCAAACUGAUUAAACAAAAAAAAAUUAACUUUA